CACAAAAGGUACGCUUUUGGUCAGAUAGACGAUAGUAAACAGCGACUUUGGUUGCAGUUUGCAGGGCUCUAGAGUGCGACCAAUUUGGUCGCACAUGCGACCUAAUUUCUCAAUGGUGCGACUUAAAAAAAUAUCAGGUCGCACUGGUGCAACCCAGGAGUUCGAGGGAAAAAGCCAUGGUCCAGAUCUACUAGGGAUGCUCCGAUCGAUCGGCCGCCGAUCGGUAUCGGCCGAUAAUCACAUUUUAGUACUCGAUCGGAACUCACUAAACAUGGCCGAUCUCACCAACCGAUCGCAAUUUGAUGACGCGUAAGGACGCACGUGAUGCGCGUGACGUAUAUGAUUUAGCGCCGCAGUCAUGUCAUCACCUGUGUGGAACUACUACGACGUUUCGAGAAAUAAUGAAAAGUUCGCUGUUUGCCGUGUAUGUACUAAAGAAAUAUCACGUGGAGGAGCAUCGUCCAAAGCAUUUAAUACGACGAACCUGAUUCGGCACUUAAGAGUUAGCCACCGCGAGACAUAUGUCGAAUAUGAAAAACUGGCAAAUGCAAAAGCCGCAACAGCGACUCUCACGCAGCCAUCAAUUACAGACGUUCUGAAAAAACAUGAACUUUACACACCAGACAGCAAGAAAGCUAAGGCUAUAACUGCAAAAAUAAUGGAAUUUGUGUGCAUUGAUUGUCAGCCGCUGUCAGUCACAGAAGACAUUGGAUUUAAACGCCUGAUUACACAUCUUGAACCACGAUAUCACAUGCCAGGGCGCAAAUAUUUCACUGAUGUAGCUCUCCCGGAGUUAUACCAAAACGUCUACAGCCACAUCAACACUUUACUUCAUGAAAAUGUGACUGCGGUGAGUUUAACAACAGACAUUUGGAGCUCUAGCGUAUCCCCUAUGUCUAUGUUGAGUUUGACGGCGCAGUGGAUAACUGAAAAUUUUGAAAAAAAGCAAGUGAUUCUCCACUCCCAAGAAUUUCCUGGUUCACACACUGCUGAGGCUUUAGUCGCUAAAUACAAUGACAUGUUGCAGGCUUGGAACAUACAAAAGGAGAAAGUGCACGUCGUGCUACGUGAUAAUGCAAAGAAUAUUGCAAAGGCUAUGAGGGAUUGCAAUUUGAACAGCGUGCCGUGUAUGGCACAUACUCUUCAUUUAGUGGUUCACGAGGGAGUUCUAUCACAACGCGCCGUCCGUGAUGCUGUUGCUAUUGGGAGGCGCAUUGUUGGCCAUUUUAAGCAUUCGCCUCAGGCAUACUCCCGUUUAGGAGAUAUUCAAAAACAACUUGGUCAAUCUCCUAAAAGGUUGCAGCAAGACAUCGACACACGAUGGAAUAGUACAUUCUAUAUGCUCACCUCUCUGCUGGAACAAAAACAUGCUUUGAUGGCAUAUACAGCUGACUAUGACAUUCCGAAUCUCAAUGCAACACAAUGGAAAUUAAUUGAAAAUAUGGUUUCCAUUCUUGCACCCUUUGAAGAGUUGACCAAAGAAAUUAGUUCAAUAAAAUCAUCUGUGGCGGACGUCAUCCCAUCCAUAAGUGCUCUGAAACGUCUCCUUGAGAGAAUUUCUGAUUCUGACCAUGGAGUUAAAACAUCCAAACAAACACUCCUGGAAGCUGUUGUAAAAAGGUUCUCCGACAUUCAUAGGGAACCUGUAUAUGUUGUGGCUACGAUCCUUGAUCCAAGGUACAAGGAUAGAUACUUUGAUGAUCAAACCAAACCAGAAGCACACCGACUGCUCAGCGAAGUGUUGGACGUACGAGUGAGGCGGGGACAUAGCUCUGGUGAGAAGAUGGUAGAAACUGUGGCCACACCAAAAACUCUUCCAUCAAGUUCUUUGCAGCAGAUGCAUGAGGAAAUUCUCAGGGACACCAGUGGUAGUGAUGUUUACAAAGAGAGUGAUUCGGUAGCACCCGAGAUAAAUCUGUACCUCUCUGAGCAUGUCAUCCCAAGAUCUGCAGAACCACUGGUGUUUUGGGAGAGUAACAAAGGUCGGUUCCCAGCUUUAGCAGAGGCAGCAAGAGUCUACCUUAGUGCUCCACCAACAAGUGUUGAUAGUGAGAGGCUAUUCAGUACCGCCGCACACGUUUUGGAUGAAAAGAGGAAUAGACUGACUUCCCAAAAUGCAGAAAAACUAAUAUUUUUAAAGAAAAACUUGCCUUACCUAAUUAAGUAGGAAGGAGCCAAAGGAGUUCUCUGCAGCUUGACAAUCACAUAUUGAAUUAUAUUCCUGUUAGUUUUUUUUGGAGUUUAAAUGUUUCUAUUUAUUUUCUCCUUAAUCUAAUACUGGACAAUGUGUAAUUGAACCACCAACUGCUCCAAACUGUUC